AUGAAAAUCGAUUACAGAUGGCUUUAUCUCGAGCCUAUUCUGUCCAACGACGACGGCGAGCUGGGCGUGAAGUUCCGCAAGGUGGACCAAGGGUUCCGACAAGUGACGCGCAUCUUCGAGUCGGACCCUCGGCUCUCCGCCCUGCUGCAGUCCACGAGGCUCCAGGCCAUGCUGGACUCGAUAUCUGAGCAACUCCUGGCCUGCCAGUCGGCCCUAAACCAGUAUAUUGAUGAGAAGCGUUCAAUAUUCCCAAGACUAUACUUCUUAAGCGAUGACGACCUACUGGAGUUGCUAGGGCAAGCACGCGCCGGCGCAGCGGGGCGGGAGGCCGUCAUGCAGACUCACUUGAAGAAACUGUUCCCGGGCACGACGGGAGUUAAGCUUGGUCCUGGAGGCUUGUCCAUCACGGCCCUUUGCAGUCAAUACGGAGAGACGUUCCAGCUUGAUCACCCCGUGGAUAUCGACUGUCCUGUCGAGCAAUGGCUAAAAAAUCUGGAAACUGAAAUGCGUUCGUCUCUAAAGAACAUGACAUUGAAAUGCGUUAUGACCAGCUCUUUGCACGAGCAAGAUCCGUUUUCUCUACCGACGCAAAUCCUUUGCUUAGCGCAGAACAUUCGGUUCACCGAGCAAGCCGAGAGAGCUAUUACAUCUAAAGAAUUGCAUAAGUUAAAAGCUAAUGUUGAAAAGGAGAAUCUAUAUUAUGCGUCGGCGGAGGUGGAAGAUGAGAGUGAACGACAUAAAAGGCAAGCGCUCAUAUUACAGUGCGCUUAUUAUAUGUCCGUCAUAAGAACUCUGAUUGACAAUAACGUCGCGUCUACCAAUGACUGGCUCUGGCAAAAGCAGCUUAGAUUUUACUUGACGGGCGCAAAGGAGGUUAUGGCUAAAAUGGGCCUCGCUCAGAUUUCAUACUCGUACGAAUACCUAGGCGUCAACACGGGACAGUUUGUGCGAACGGAAUUAGCUGACGAAUGCUUUCUAGUAUUGACACAGGCCCUCCAUCUCGGUUUGUUGGGUAAUCCCUUCGGCCCCGCCGGCACCGGCAAGACAGAGUCCGUCAAGGCUCUGGGCGGUCUCGUCGGUCGGCUUGUCCUCAUAUUCAAUUGCGAUGAGGCAAUGGACGCGGAGUGUAUGGGCCGUUUACUGACGGGGCUGGCGCUAUGCGGCGCGUGGGGCUGCUUCGACGAGUUCAACCGGCUGUCAGCCGCCACACUUGCGGCUGUAUCGCACCAGCUGGCGGCUCUGCUGGCUGCCAUGCAACAGCGCCCGCCUAGCACUGCGCUGCUUAAUGGGAAACAGGUGGCAGUAUCAAAAUGGUGUGGGGUGGCAGCGACGAUGAACCCAGUGGGUCACGGCUACGGCGGGCGGCGGGAGCUGCCGGCGGCGCUGGAGCGGCUGCUGCGGCCUGUGGCCAUGACGCAGCCGCGCGGGGACCAGCUGGCCCAGCAUCUGCUGGCUGCUCGCUGUGUGCGCGGCGCUGAGAAAUUGGCUGCCGAUCUCGAUACGGUCUUCGUGAUGGCUAGUACUUUACUGAGCGGCCAACGCCAUUACGACUGGGGUCUCCGCGCGUUGAAGGCGACGGUCGGUAGCUGUGGUACUGCUCUGACUGAUGGCAGUGACGCUGAUAGCGCCAAGCACGCGCUGCGACGCGCGCUUCGCCUGAACAGUGUUUCGAAACUGACCCAGCAAGACGCUGAACGGUUCGAAAAUAUCUUAUCAACUGUUUUCGGCAACAUUUCUGAUGAGAGAUCUUCAGCUGAUGAUUUUGUGCCGGCUCUCGAAGCUUCUGUAUCCACUCUUGGUCUCAUCGCUAAUAAACUCCAGAUACAAAAGUGUAUAGAGCUGUAUGAACAACUGCAACAAAGGAUGGGAGUAGUGAUUGUCGGUCCACCGGGCUCUGGGAAGACAACCAUUAGACGACUCUUGAAAACUGCUCUAACACAGCAAGGCAAGAGUAUAAUAGAGUACACGAUCUGCCCAAAGGCGAUGAGCCGUAGCUGGCUAUUGGGGCAUAUUGAACACGACACGAGGCAGUGGACUGACGGGGUCAUCUCCACCACUGCUCUUGAGAUAUCCAACCAACCUGCAGACGUGUGGUCAUGGGUGGUGUGCGACGGGGACAUUGACCCCGAGUGGAUAGAAGCCCUCAACUCGGUGUUGGAUGACAACAGGCUGUUGACCUUGCCCUCGGGGUGGCGGAUACAGUUUGGGCCUAACGUCAACUUUGUCUUUGAGACGCACAGCUUGGAACACGCGUCGCCCGCGACAGUGUCGCGUAUGGGGAUUAUAUUACUCAGUGACGAUAGCACAAGCGCCCCAGAAGUGUUAGACAACUGGUGUCAGCAGGCCGAGUAUGAGAAUGAGACAGCAAGGAUGGCGCUGCCUCUGCUGCACAGGGUGAUCAAGAGCUGCAUGCAGUGGCUCGCCGCUCACAGAUCUGACGUCAUGUUGAAACUUUACAACGUUUCUGUGGUGAAACAAAUUCUGACCCAGUUUGAGUACAUAGCUCAAAAUGUGGGAAUGAACGUAAUUCACACGACUCCUGAAGAGCUAAUUUAUUUAGCGCUACAACGCAGCGUCAUCGGAUUGCUUAAAGAGAAUGCCGUGGAUGGUUUUCAACAAGAGUUGUCAGACAUGCUAGGCCCGCCGCCGACACCUCCCCUCACCGCAGGCGAGUGGGUGUCCGAGUCUCUGUUCGUGUCGUCGCGUCUCGCCGCGUGCGAGCCCGUGAUACGCGCGUGCGUUUAUUCCAACGACGCACAUCUCCUCAUUGUCGGCCCUGACGCAUGUGCCAAGAACCUUUUAGCCGAAUAUGUGUUGAAAGAAUCAGACUCGUCAGUUAUCAUAUUAGACUGUACGCCUGUUUUGGAGCCAGCCGAUAUUAUUGUUGUGUUAAAAAGGAACAACGUGGUCCGCUCAGCAGGGCACAGUGGACGUCCCAACAAUGUGCGAGUGACGAUUUUAGCUCGUGAGUUGCAUCGCGCGCAAGUCGACGCUUGGGGCUCUAGUGCUGUACAUUCUUUCCUUCUGCAAUUGAUCCAAGAAGGCGGUUUCUGGGUGCGUGGGACCGAGGAAGAAGGCGGUAUGCAGUGGUGCAGCACGGCGCGAGUGAGGCUUGUAGCCACCAGCGGAACUCUGGCCACGUUUCCUCCGCGCCUCACCGCUGCACUGCAGCUAGUCUCACUACAAGAACCAGACGAAGAAGAAUUACUGGAACUGGCUCGAUACUACUUAAGACAGAGUGUGGACAAAUGUAUUCAAGAAAAAGACAUAUCCAGUCUUGCAGCGUCAGUUUUAUCUAUGUUUAAAGAGGUUACGGAAACAUUCCACUCUCGACCUCAUUAUAAAUGGAACGCAUCGCACUUGCGGAAGUGGUGUGAAAAUGUAAAAUGGUACUCCCCGACGAAUAUUGGUGAACUUGUUAUGGCAAUCACAGCUGAAGCGAACAUGAUAUUCAAGGACAGACUGGUAACAGACAACGAGAAGACGUCCUUCUAUUCAAUAAGCAGAAGCCACUUGAAAGGAAACAACAACGACGGAAUGUACUUCACUCCAAAAGUGCGAGGUGACGGAGUCUACUUCGAAGCAAUCGACUACAGGGACUGGUAUCAGAUCACACAGAAGUUGAUUAACCAGUGCUUGACAGAGCACGAGUACAUCAUAUUUGGGGAAACGGGCGCAGAGGUGUGUUCUGAAUUGGCUGUGUUAUGCCCAGCUGUAGCACGAGCGGCAAACGGUGGAAUAGUAGUAUGUGUGGGGAGCGCCGGAUUGGGAAGACGCGCGGCAUCUCUCAUAGUAUCAGCCGCAUUAUCUUCAUCCUUAUACUUCGUCAACCACCCGCACCAGUAUAACAUACAAUUCAAAAAUGCUCUGGCGACAUCAGCCGAAGCUACUCGAACGUUGUUGGUGAUUAGCGAAUCAGCGGUGAAUAAUGCGAUUUUAGCAGCAAUAGAGUCGCACACGCACGCCGCUCCUACAGACCAACUCACAUCGCAGAUGUUGGAAAACAUAAAGCAAAAUCUUGGCAUAAUCAUUUGCCUAGACAAAGAACAAGAGAAUCUUCCAGAACUUUUGGACAAGUAUCCGCUUUUAUAUAACGAAAGCCACUUGGUGUGGCUGGAGCGCUGGUCAGCAGAGACGUUGCGGCAGAUGCCACAACUGGUCAUACAGAGAUUGAUCAAAGAGAACAUAACAGAAGCCUCAAACGAACAGCACGAAGCUAUACCAGUGGAAGGUUUCGUGAGCGUGUACAACAGUCUGGAUGCAGAGUGGAUGCGAGCCCCGUGUAGAUAUGUCAACUUUAUCAAGAGCUACUACCACAUCGUGAGCAGGAAGAAAGCUGCGCUCGUGCAGAGGCAGAAUAUGCUUUUGGCUGGAGUGGAAGCAUUACGUCGAGCCCGCAGCGAAGUAGCAACCCUCCAAGCAGAGGCAGCGAAGCAAGAAGCAGCGUUGUCUGAUAAGCAGGCGAAGGCCAACCAAGCGCUCGACCAGAUCGGAGCCACGGUGCGCGCCACCACCGACAGGAAGGAAGAAAUGCAUGCGCUUAAAAAGAACAUUGAGGUCGAGAACGACAAGCUGCAGAUACGGAAAAAAGAGAUCGAGGCUGAAUUGGCAUCAGUAGAACCUGUCAUAGCCGCCGCCCGCGCCGCUGUCGGGGACAUAAAGGCGGAGUCCCUUAGCGAGGUACGAUCAUUAAGAGCUCCACCCGACGUGGUGCGCGAUGUUCUAGAAGGUGUACUGCGUCUUAUGGGCAUCGCAGAUACAUCCUGGCAUUCCAUGAAGAACUUCUUAUCGAAACGUGGGGUUAAAGAAGAUAUCAGAUGCCUGGACGCCAGCAACAUCAGCCCCGAGGCCGUGCAGUCCGUCCAGAAGCUGCUGCAGCGGCGCGGGCCGUCGUUCGAGCAGGCGGCGGCGCGGCGCGCCAGCGCGGCGUGCGCGCCGCUGGCGGCCUGGGUGCGCGCCAACCUGGCCUACGCGCAGGCGCUGGCGCGCGUGCAGCCGCUGCAGCUGCAGCAGCGCCAGCUGCACAAAAACUUAAAAGAAGCGGAGUCUCAACUAGCAGCACUGUCCAGUGGCUUGGCUACUGUGGACGAGCGGGUGGCAUCUUUGAAGGAACAGCUGGGACAACACACUCGAGAUGCCGCGACCAUAGAACUCAGUCUGAACAACGCUAAGCAAACUAUACAAGCAGCACGUUCCUUGCUCGAUCAACUGGCGCACGAGUACGGCGCUUGGGAGAAUGACCUCGAGACAAUAUCUAAAGAAAUAUCGGAACUCACUCUAAGAUCAUUGCUGGCUGCUGCCUACAUAGUUUACCUGCCAGACGUAACGGAACCACAAGCCAGAGAGUAUGUCAACAAAUGGGCCUCGUUGAUUGGCUUUGACGAUGCCUCGUUCUCAGUGAUAAACUUCCUCUCGAGCACCGAGAAACAAUUGAAGUGGGACGCUGACGGAUUGCCAUCAGAUAAAUCUGCCAUCAAAAACGCUAUACUCCUUGAUCAGAUCCUGGAACCGCAGAAGUGUGGAUUUACUCCGCUCAUAAUAGACCCGGAUGGCGACGCUAUAACUUGGCUAAAGAAUACCCUGGCUGACACGCAGUGCGAUUUUGUCUCGCAGCACAGCGAAAAACUACAAACAGCUGUACAGUAUGCUGUCAGGCUAGGCCGCGUGCUGGUGAUAACGGAAGUAGACGCCGUUCACGACAGCUGGUCGCCGCUGCUGUGUGGGUUGCCGACAACGGCCGGCGCCCCGCCGCUGGCCGCCCGGCUGCUGCUCUACUGCAGAGACUCCACGCUGCCACUGCGCUUGUCGCCGACGCACGCUGCCAGACUCUCGCUCUUACACUUCACUGCCAGGCUAGACGGCCUUACUGAUCAAUUGGUACAUUACGCACUUCAGCAACAGAACCCUGAAGUAAACGAGAAAUCUAAAGAGAUCAAGUUGAAGAAAGCUACUUUACAAAAGCAGCAACAUGAAUUACAGGAAAACCUCUUGAAAGAUUUGUCGACCAACGGCGAUAUCCUUCACGACGCGAAUCUUCUUGCAUCCUUGCACAAGACAAGAGCAACUAGUGCAGUGAUAUCUGAAGCACUUGAAGCCGCUAAGGGCAUAGAACGCGAGACUCGCGCGGCUUGUGAAGCGUACGCGCCAAGCGCCGCCCGCGCAGCGGUGCUAGCGCUGGCUGUCAAGAGCUUAGCAGCCCACCGACCGCUUGUUGCACUACCUGUCGACACUAUACUUGAUAUGUUCAUAGAUGCAGUUCGAAGAGAAGGGGAUCCCAAGAAUAUUAAUAACGAGAAGAUAGUGAAGUACAUAACUCGAAGGAUUACAGAGAGAGUUCUACUGGGUCUGCACAAGAAAGAUAAAUACAUUGUCGUGUUGCACCUUCUAAAACAAGUAUACGAUGAUCUCGUUCCUGAAAAGCUUUGGCAGAUAUUUAUUGGAAAUUAUGAGGUUAAUGAAGAUCAGGGAACUAUUCAUGAGAUCAAGAAGAAUCACGCCUGGAUACCAGAAAAUUGUUUGAAUAAAUUGGCUCAGUUAAAGGCUGCGAGCGAGGACCUGUAUACCAAGUUAUCUCUAAGCAACGAGGAGUUGUGGUCAGAAUUCCUCCGUUCUGGAGACCUCAAUCUGCUGUAUAAGUUGAAGUUGCACUUAUUCGAACACGUGGUGACGGUGGCUGUUCUACGACCCGACAGCUUAUACCGAGCUAUCGUAGCAUUCGUCGAUCAAGUGUUGGGCGCCGGCGUGGUGUCCGCGGGCUCGGCCGUGCAGCGCGCGGCCCGCUGCGGCGCGGCGCGGGCGCGGCCCGUGCUGCUGCUGGGCGCGCACGCGCCCGACGUGCUCGCUGCGCACGCACGCACGCUGCUGCAGGUGGGCAUCGAAGAAGGCCCGGCCGCGUGGCAAGCGGGCGUGGAGGCUGCGCGCGGCGGCGGCUGGCUCGCCAUCGUGGUGGGGGCUUCGCCCUUCUCGCACUCGCUGCAGACCUUCCUCACUGACUUCCUACAGACGCCGGCUCAGGAGUUUAGUGAGGAAUUUCGCCUGUGGAUUGUAUCAGAGGACAGGGAAAUACCACCACUUAUCUCUAACGCGUGUAUCAAUGUCAUUAUUGAGGCUCCGGAAGGCGUGAAACACAACGUAAUGAGCACAUUGGCAGCGUGGGGACAGUACGAGGCCGAACCGAGGAUGGUGCGUCUGCACGUGUGCCUUGCGCUCUUCCACGCCAUCGUACAGGAGCGACGGGCUUACAUACCACAAGGUUGGACCCGCUGGUACUCGUGGGAGUGGGGCGAAGUCUCAGCAUGCACUCGUGUGAUCCGCACCACCACUGACCUGGCGACGGUGGCGGCCCUCAGCCAGCUGCUAUACGGUGCCCGGGUCAGCUCGGAGCCAGACCGCUUCUUGCUGCGAGAAUUGCUGGCGGACUGUAUAGCCGACCACACGCUGGGACACGCUUGGAAACCGCGUGGACUUGACUUGCAACUUCCUUUUGUCAGACAAUUGCAGAGUUACACAUCAGCGUUGGACGCGAUGCCCGAUAUAGACUCGGCGCAGCUGCUGGGGCUACCGGCCAACUGUCGCGUCGCCUGGGAGAAGAAUGCCACUGAAGACAUCAUCUUUGGCUUGCGAGAACUGAAUUCCACUGUGUCCGUCAAUCAAAAGGGCGACAACACGGCGGCGAUAAAGACCUUACUAGCGCUCUGGAAGAAGCUUAUGUCUGGCUGUCCACUGAUUAAAAGCGAUUACAAUGUGGAAAAGGCGGCGCGCGGCUGGUGGGGCUGCGUGUGCGACAACGAGGCGCGGGACGCGGCGCGGGCGGCGCAGGCGCUGCACGCCGCGCUGCAGCGGGCAAGGCUCGGGGGGCUGCGGCUGCACAAGGUACCAGAGGAGUGGCAGCUGUUGUGGCCGGGCCCGGACGCGCCGGACGCGUACAUCAAGGAGUUCUGUUACCGCGCACGCGCCGCCGUGGCUCGGCUCGCAGCGCACGGUGACGACGACGAUUACAUGCCCACAGAGCUGGACCUGCGCUCGCUGCUGCGGCCGGAGCGCGCCGUGUGGGCGCUGCGCGUGCGCACGGCGCAGCGCCGCGCCUGCGCGGUGGGCGACCUCACGCUCAGCGUCAAGUGGGGGGCAGAUGAAGCAGAAGCUCGGUCGAAUGACGGCAUGGUGGUCCGCGGGCUGCGGGUGUCGGGCGCGGAGUGGGCGGAGGGCCGCCUGCGGCCCGCCACCGCGCCGCACGCGCCGCCCGCGCCGCCGCUGCUGCUGCGGUACACCACACAGGGCGCGGAGCCCCUGCCGCCGGAGGGCGCGGCCCCGCUGCCCGUGUACUGCGACGCGCGGCGCUCGCGAGUGCUGCUGGAGGCGCGCGCGCCGCUGCACCGCGCCUACACCGCGCACGCCGCCGCGCUGCACGCCGCCGCGCUCUACGUCGCGCCCCGAGACUAA